AUGGCCCAAGACUCGUUCCUCCAUCUCGCCCGCCCUCUGGGCCCCGUUCAAAUCGGCACCCAGCCCUCGACCGCUCCUCUGAACGUCAGCGUCCAGCCCCAGGCCAUUUUCGCAAUCCUCGACCACUCGCUCCGCAGACCCCAGGACCAGGAGCGCGUUAUCGGCACUCUUCUCGGUGUCCGCUCUGAAGAUGGAACCGAAGUCGAGAUCCGCAACUGCUACGCUGUUCCCCACACCGAGACACAGGAGCAGGUCGAGGUCGACAUGGACUACCAGAAGCAGAUGCUGCAGCUGCACCUCCGCGCAAACCCCAAGGAGGUCCUUCUCGGCUGGUAUGCCACCUCUUCCGACCUGAACACUUUCUCCGCCCUCAUCCAGAACUUCUACGGCCAGCAAGGCGAUGGCACCUGGCCCCACCCUGCCAUUCACUUGACUGUUUCCACCGUGCCCGGAAAGGACAUUGAGGCCAAGACCUACAUCUCUGCCCCCGUCGGUGUCACCGCUGAGCGCGCUGCCGACAGCUGCCUGUUCAUUCCCGUUCCCCACGAGAUCAAGUACGGCGAGGCUGACCGCAGCGGUCUCGAGCUGAUUUCGGGCGCAAAGGACAGAGAGGACCGUUCGCAGAUGCUGCAGACCGACAUUGAGUCGCUGGAGCGCGCCAUCGAGCAGGUUCUCGAGAUGAUUGAGCGUGUCUCCAACUACGUGAGCAACGUUCUGGAUGAGGAGGCCGAGCCCAGCUCUGCUCUGGGUCAGUUCCUGAUGAACACUCUUUCUCUGGCUCCCAAGGUCGACGCCGAGGAUAUCGAGCGUGACUUCAACAACCACAUUCAAGACGUUCUCCUUGUCUCAUACCUCGCCAACACUAUCCGCACCCAAAUCGACCUGUCAAACCGUCUCGCAACUGCCGCCCUCACCAUGGGCACCGAGACCAACACUACCCAAGAGUCCGGCCAGAAGGGCAACCAGAACCAAAAACGCGGCAACAACAACAACCAGGACCGCCGUCAACAGAACCGCCCCGCCACCGAGGCCUAA